UCAAGAAACUUUAACAAUCGGUAACAUAAUACUCAGUCGGUACCCACACAGAUUCAAUUCAAUUUAAAGUCACAAACUCCACUCUCUUUCUUCUUUACUGUCUCUUUCUUUGCCAUGAAAUCAUCUCGCAAAUCCGCCUUCUCCUUCUCUUCAGCCACCACAACCGUCACCUACACUUACAAAAAUGACCACAACACCCCUCACACGACCAACGAAAUCCCCAUCGAGUCCUCUCAAGAACCGCCAACUCCCAUCACCGUCCAUCUCCCUCAACAGCUCCUAUCGAAGGCGGCCACCAAGAUCCAAUCCGUCCACAGGGCCCACGUGAUCCGGACCCUCUACAAGAAAAUCGCAUCCGUCAACUCCGAAGCCGACCGCUUACAACGUAUAAUCCAACGGCAGGAAACAGUGGACUCCAUCAGGAGUAAUGAACGCGAGAAGCUGAAAAUGAACGAGGCGUUGAUGGCUUUGCUUCUUAAACUGGACUCUGUUCCGGGUUUAAACCCGUCGAUAAGAGAGGCAAGAAGAAAGGUGAGCCGUAGGAUCGUGGGGUUGCAAGAGAUUCUUGAUGGGAUUAGUGAAGCAAAAGUUGAUGAUGAUUAUUAUGAUUAUGAAUACGGGGAGUGGGGUCCGUAUGGGUACUGGAGAAAUUUGGAUAGAGUGGUUGAACAGAUGGAAGAAGAAAUCUGUAGAGAGAGAGGUGGCGACGAGAUGGAGAAGUUUUGUGCUCAGCAUUUGGGGUUUCGUUGCUUUCAGAGGUUUCUUCGGGACUAAAACACAGGCUAAUACUGAAUGCUCUGUACAUUUUUCUCCAUGAAAAUGCCAAAGUUUUUAAUUCAUGUUAACUAUGAAGUUCUGCGAUUAAGCUAAAAUUGUUCAAACGAAUACAAACCCAGAACAAAGAAAUCUUUCAUAGCAUCAGAAAAUAUGUAUAUGAUAGUUUAGUUUACACAGCCGAAGCUUACACAUAAAGUUUGAUGGUGGUGGGGGAACUUGUCUAAGCCACACAGCUGCAUUUGCAUCUGGACAUGCACUUCUUACAAUCAGAAAGCCUUGGUUUGGCAC